AUGCAAAUGAUCCUCAGUCAGUUCAGAGAAAAAGGAACUAUAAAGCCAAGGGUUCUGUCAGAACAAAAUUGCUCAGCCUGUCUGCCACUGAACUCCCCCUGUCUGUCUAGGAGGAGCCCAGAAAUGUCGUCUAAGAAACAGACCCAAGCGAAUCCAGCAGGGGGGACCAUACCUGCCCCAAUCAGCAACUUAAAAAUUCAACAUACUAAGAUAUUUAUAAACAAUGAAUGGCAUAAUUCAGUGAGUGGCAAGAAAUUCCCAGUUCUGAACCCUGCUACUGAAGAAAAAAUUUGUGAUGUGGAAGAAGGAGAUAAGGAGGAUGUGAACAAGGCAGUGAAAGCAGCAAGGGAGGCUUUUCAGUUUGGGUCCCCAUGGCGAACAAUGGAUGCUUCAGAGAGAGGACGGCUUCUGAACAAACUGGCUGAUUUAAUGGAAAGGGAACAUCUGACCUUGGCAACAAUGGAAUCAAUGAAUAGUGGAAAACUCUUUUCAACUGCCUAUCUAAUGGAAGUAACUUCUGCCGUGAAUACUUUACGCUACUAUGCAAACUGGGCUGAUAAAAUUCAUGGUCAUACAAUCCCAAUGGAUGGAAAGUUUUUCUCAUAUACAAGACGUGAACCUGUUGGUGUCUGUGGCCAAAUCAUUCCUUGGAAUUUCCCUUUACUUAUGCUUGCUUGGAAACUUGGACCUGCACUUUGCUGUGGAAACACUGUGGUUGUUAAACCAGCAGAACAAACACCUCUCACUGCUCUUCACGUAGCAUCAUUAAUCAAAGAGGCUGGAUUUCCACCAGGAGUUGUGAAUAUUGUACCUGGCUAUGGACCCACGGCUGGUGCAGCCAUUUCUUCUCAUAUGAAUAUAGAUAAAGUGGCCUUCACUGGGUCCACAGAGGUUGGCCUGCUAAUCAAAGAGGCUGCUGGGAAGAGCAACCUGAAGAGGGUUUCACUGGAGCUGGGUGGGAAGAGUCCUUGCAUUGUAUUUGCUGAUGCUGACUUGGAUACUGCUGUGGAAUUUGCACACCAGGGUUUGUUCUUCCAUCAGGGCCAGACCUGUACUGCAGCCUCAAGACUUUUUGUGGAAGAAUCUAUUUACAAUGAAUUUGUUCGGAGGAGUGUAGAGCGGGCUAAGAAAUAUGUACUGGGCAAUCCUCUGAACCAGGAAGUACAACAAGGCCCUCAGAUUGAUAAAGAGCAGCACACCAAAAUACUUAAACUCAUUGAGAAUGGGAAGAAGGAAGGAGCCAAACUGGAAUGUGGAGGGGGACCAUGGGGAGAAAAAGGUUACUUUGUACAGCCCACAGUUUUCUCCAAUGUUACAGAUGAGAUGCGCAUCGCCAAAGAAGAGAUUUUUGGACCAGUCCAACAAAUUAUGAAAUUUAAAACUAUAGAUGAAGUGGUCAAGAGAGCCAACAAUACUAGCUAUGGCUUAGCAGCAGGCAUUUUUACCAAAGACCUUGAUAAAGCCUUGACAAUUUCCUCUGCUCUGCAAGCUGGCACUGUCUGGGUCAAUUGCUAUGGGGCUUCUUCUCCUCAAGCCCCUUUUGGUGGAUUCAAGAUGUCUGGAAAUGGACGAGAACUGGGGAAAUAUGGUCUUCAUGAAUACCUUGAAGUCAAGACUGUCACAGUCAAGAUUUCUGAGAAGAACUCCUAAGAAUGUCCUAGGAGGUGAUGCUCUGUAUCUUCAAUGGUGGAGUAUCUCUUAGCCUAAAUCAUGAAAGUUUUUAUAGCUGCCAUUUUCUGUCAGAUUUUUUCACAUCAGCAACAACAAAAAAAGUUAUAUCUAAACAUGCUCUGGGCCUUCUAACUAUGCUGAAUCUGUUCUACCUGAAAUUUGUGGAAUGGAAUUAGUCCAUGCUCCCUCAAGUAUUAGAAUUAUUGUGGAUUUUUCUUACUAGAUGAUUCUUGCCAAGGUUAAGUCAUAAAAAAUAAGAUCAUUUGCUGUUUUUUUAAUAGUUAAUAGUUCAUUGAAACUUAUUACAUGUGUUAGUUCAACAAGUAGAUAUACACUGUCCUUUCCUUAGGAACAAUGACUGUGACUGUUUCCAAAGAAGUAAUAACCACUCUGCUUAACUAUAUCUGUAAUACUCUUAUCAGAUUCAUUAAAACAUCUUAUAUAA